AUGAAAAUCUGACCAGACCAAACUCCAGGUCAACCAAAUGCGAGAACAGAAGCCCUCUCUCUCCCUUGAAUUCUUUUCGAGGCCGUCCCCCCUUUCUCGCCCCAACCCAACCCCGGCGAACUCGCCCCCGGCCCCAAGUCUCGAAUCACUCGGGCAACAUGAAAGACAGUACUGGUUCAUCUUCGGCCGUUCCUUCUCCACUUUGCAAAGAACAAUUAUUUUUCCGACAAGCUUGAUUACAACAAAGCUUCUCCUUUUUCAUGGCUGCUCAGACCCUUUCAUCCCCUCCCAAUCCUUGUUGGAGCCAUGAUGUCUUCCUUAGUUUCAGUGGUGAACACACCCGCAAGAACUUCAUUGACCACCUCUAUAGUGCCCUUAAGCAAGCUGGGAUUCACACCUUUCGAGAUGAAGACGAGCUUCCAAGAGGAGAGCACAUUUCUAGUGAACAGAUCAAUGCUAUUCAAGGAUCCAGAAUUUACAUUGUCGUUUUCUCAAAGGACUAUGCUUCUUCCAGUUGGUGCCUUGACGAGCUUGUGGAGAUUGUGCGCUGUAAGAGUGCCCUGAGCCACACUCUUCUUCCAAUAUUUUUUGAUGUGAUUCCCAAAGAUGUCCGAAAACAGACCCAAACUUUUGCUGAAGCAUUCGUUAGCCAUGAAACGCGGUUUCGGGCUGAGAUGGAGAGGGUGCAGAAGUGGAGAGAAGCUCUUACCGAAGCUGCAAAUGUUUCCGGCUUGGAUCUCCAGAAUGAUGCAAAUGGGUUUGAAUCAAGGCUUAUUGAGAAGAUAGUUGAAGAAAUUUUGUGUAAAGUAAACCAAGUUUACUUGCAUGUUGCCGUCCACCCUGUAGGAAUAGAUUCUCGUGUUGAAGAGAUGAAAACUUUAUUAAAUAUUGGAACAAGUGGUGUUCGUGUUGUGGGUAUCUAUGGGAUAGGUGGAAUCGGUAAAACAACCAUAGCUAAAGCUGUCUAUAAUGAAAUAUGUAAUGGUUUUGAAGGAAGCAGUUGUCUUCUAAAGAUUAAAGAAAUUUCACAACAACCUGACGGUUUAAUUCAUUUACAAGAACAACUUGUUUCUGAUAUCUUGAAAACAAAGAACUUGAAGGCUGGGAAGGUUGAUGGAGGAAUCAAUGAAAGAUUUUGUCACAAAAGAGUUCUUAUUGUUCUUGAUGAUGUGGAUCAUUUAAACCAGUUUAGUUCAUUAGUUGGAAACCUCGAGUGGUUGGCUCCAGGAAGUAGAGUUAUUGCUACGACAAGAGAUGAACAUUUGCUUACUGAGCUAGGAGUAAAUGAGAAAUACGAGGUACUGGAAUUGAAUCCUGAGGAGUCCCUUCAACUUUUCAGUUGGCAUGCCUUUAGAAUGGCCCAUCCAAAAGAUGGUUUCUUACAGCUUUCGAUUGAUGCAGUGGGUUAUGUUGGAGGAAUUCCACAUUCUCUUGAAGCCCUGGGUUCUUAUCUUUUAGGAAGAAGCAUUAUUGAAUGGAAAAGCGCAUUAGAAAAAUUACAAAAAAUUCCUCAUAUGAAUAUUCAUUACAAUAAGUUGUGAUUUCCUAGCUAGAUGAUAUGGUGGCUGGGCAGAUUCCUCGAUGUUGUAUAUAUGUUUCUUUAUCGGUGCAGACAAGGAAAUGUCAUCAAUGUACCCGUUGUUUGUAGUUUAGUAUCAAUAUUCUUAUUUUUAAGGGUCCCUCUUGACAGUGAACGAAAGAAAGAAGUGGACGAUUCAUGAUCCUAUACGUGAUAAAGGAAGGAAGGAAGGAAGGAAGGAAGAAGGACAAUUUGCAUUUAUAUUUUAUAAACACAUACGUGUGCACAAAUAUGUAUAUGUGCCCAUACUCGAAGAAGACGUACCUUUGGAAACCCAAUCAUUUGUUCAGAUAAGAAUUUUGAGACUGCUACAAAUGAAUGCUGUGGUUCUGGAAAGGAUGCUAUGAAUAUCAUUCCAAAGAGCUAAGAUGGCUUCUCUAGCACUCUAAAUUUCACCAAUAGAACCUUGUUGUCCUUUCAGUGCCGUAAUAUAUUAUGCCAAAAAAUUGUGGAAAUAGACGAAAGUAAUAAACAUGUAUAUCUACGUUUCUUUUUUGUUU